AUGAUUGAAAGAGCAUUCAAUUUAGCUGCACAAAAGUUGGGAUUUGAAUUUGUUGUAAAGAAAUUCGAUAGCAUUUCUGAUGGAAGAAAGUUUUUGAAGACACAAACUGACGGGAAUUCAAGCUUGUUCUAUGCUGAAAUCCCAGGAGGCACAAUUUUGCUGCACCAUGUUGAGGAGAAAGACACGUUUCCUGCCCAGUUUGGACGUGAGGUUCUGGCAGGGUUGCUUAAUAUGGCAGAUAAUGCAGACUGGAGGAAUCGCAAACAUAACAAAGAUGAAGAGAUGAAAAUCGUUGAAGAUUUCAAGGACCGAUUUCAAGAAUAUGAUCCAAACCGUUGA